AUGGCCGCCCCGAAGAUGAAUGACCUCUCUGAAACCUCUACCAUCCCGACCAUAGCCACCGAACUGGAGGAUGAGUAUUCUCGUCUCCUAGCCCGCGAGCAUUUUGACUGGUUCGAGGAUGUUGAGCAGAGCAUAGCAAUGGAGGUCGAGUCCCACGCUACAAGCUCUCCUAUCCCUAUCCCAGCCCCCACACAGGAAGAUGAGUAUUUUUACCUCCCUGACCCCGAUUAUUUUGACUUGUGCGACGAUAUCGAGGAAACCAUAGCCAUGGAGACCGAGUCCCAUGCUACAAGCUCCGCUGUCCCUAUUUCAGCCAUCGAAAAGGACGAUGAGUACCUUUACCUCCCCGACCCCGAGUCUUUCGACUUGUGCGACGAUAUCGAGGAGGAUAUAGCUGUGGACGGUGAAGCUGUUGAUACCGAAGACAUUGAGACAAACUUGGGUACCGCACAGUGUGACAAGGAAUACCAAUACCGAUCAUAUGUUGGAGGCCAGGAUGGCACUAUUCAUCACUGGAAUUUGUUCGGUCAGCUGCAGUGGGAAGUCAUGCAGUUGGCAACGGAAUUACUACAACUGGGUCAUAUGGCGGAAUACUGGUUUUGGUCACCCACCAACCUGUUUGUACCCCCUCGCAAACUGACCUCGAAGGUGUCUCAUUCGAAGCUUAAUAUCGAGUGCAUGUCAUCAACUAUGGAGAACCCAGCGCCAUCGAACCGUCUCUACACUUACGCGCUUGUCCCCAUUUAUUUGAUCGGCAAGUUCACGAAAAAGGCUUUGCUCAUGGCAAAAGGGAUUGGGCAUGCUCUCAUCAAAUGCCGAGUUGGGAUUAUGGAAGCAUUGAAGAACAAUCCUCGCCCUUCCGGCCCCAAUAUCCCUCGUAAACCCUUCUGCUCCCUCUCGGUCCUUGUAUCCGAGGCUGUUUUUAGCAUUGUCAAACUAAGACAACUGUUCAUCUGGAUUCUUAUUGAAUAUCUCAACACGGUGUCUUAUGAGGGAGAUACUGUCAGCGCAGCUCUUCCGCAGCUCCUCCAGGGGCCACACCAAACCCGCUCGUCUGCCUUGCAAAAGGUCAGGUUUGUUGGGCCCAUGAGAGAAUGGGAGGGCUUUUUUGAUGAGGUGCUUUUCAAAAUUGCGGCCCAGAAAUGGUCGAAGAAGGUUGUGGCAUACACGCUCUCUAAAAGAGACCUACAAGAGGAGAAGGUCUUCGUUGGCGAUGAAAAUGGCCUCCGGGGCCGCUUCCAACAAUCCGUAGGGCAGGUUGUUGGAGCGGCCCUGGAGGCCUAG